AUGUUCCGGCCACACCGUGACUGUCUACGAGCAAGCGCAGAAGCUCGGAGAAGUACUAACUCUCCUCCAUUGGUGUUAACCAAAGCUAAUCAUGUACGUCAGGUCGGUGCUGGUAUCCAAAUCCCAUCCAAUUCAACUCGCCUCCUGAGCAGACUCGGUCUGGACCCAUACCUGAAAGAAUAUGUGACCGAGCCCGAGUUUAUUUCUUUCCGACGCUGGCAAUCAGGAGGUGUCAUAGGGCUCACGCGGCUUGUCCCAAACUUCCGAGAACAGUUCGGUUCGCCAUACUAUGUGAUCCACCGCGCUAACUUCCAUUCUGCGCUGCAUAAACGUGCCCUGGAUCUGGGUGUCACGGUCAAGGUUGCUUCGCGGGUUGUUAGAUAUAAUGUCGAGGGUCCAAGGAUUGUUCUUGCAAAUGGUGAAACUGCUUCGGCUGAUUUGAUCGUUGCCGCUGACGGCGUCAAGUCGGUUGCUCGUGGAACAGUGGAUAAGAGUGGCAAGCCCUCAUUUGAGAAGACCGGGUUUGCAGCCUACCGAGCUACUGUGGACGUGGAGCGCAUCAAGGAAGACCCCGAGCUUUCGUGGUUGUUGGAAAAGCCAGCUCUCAAUAUCUGGUUAGCACAAGUAUGGAAAGAUCUUCGAAAUCGAACUGACCCUUUUGGUAGGAUUGGUGAUCAGCGACACGUAAUGACAUACACCAUUGGAGCCGGCAAGUUUUUCAACAUGGUUCUUUCGCAUCCAGAUGACAGUGAUCCUUCAACCUGGGAUCAGGAAAAUACCCUUAGUGAUAUGAGACGCGAGUUCCAAGGAUGGGACAGACGGCUUGAGAAGAUUAUUGGACUCAUCGAAGAAAGCAUCAAAUGGCCACUAAUUAGUGGAGUGCCUUUAUCUCGCUGGGUAAAUGGCAAGGUUUUGAUCCUAGGAGAUGCAGCACAUGCAAUGCUGCCUUACAUGUCACAGGGCGCGGCAGUGGCCGUCGAAGACGGUGCAGCACUAGCACGCUCUCUGUCCAAAAUCGAGAACGCCGCAGGCAUCCCCAAAGCAUUCCGUAUAUUCGAGCAGGUCCGCAUUAAGCGAGCUGGAAUGAUGCAGGAGGCGAGUCUUCUGAAUGGAAAGCUGUGGCAUUUCGCCGAUGGGCCGCUUCAGGAAGCCCGUGAUGCAGCUAUGAAGCCCGAGACUAUCGGCUUGCCUUUCAGUCACAGCCCUAACCAGUGGAGUGAUCCGUCGACUCAGCUGUGGUGCUAUGGAUAUGAUGCCGAGCAAGAGAUUGAUCGAGCUUGGACGAAGUCAGAACCGUAG